GAGGUUUCGAACGUCAUCAACACAAGUCUUGAUACGCGAUCUCAAAAAUCCUCCUGGAUUAUUCGACAGUCGACACACACUUCGAAGCCUCGACACGGGAGAACACAUCACUAAGGAACAUGUCUUCUGUGCAGCUGCUGCGGGCGUCGGUACAUGAGCGGAUCAGCGCUGCAGCUGAAGACUUUCUGCUGCAGGUGGAGAAAGGAGGAGAAAAGGCCCAAGUCCCGGCGCUGAGAGCGAUGCUAACCGAGCGGCUAACGGCGGCGGCUGAGGAGAUCCUCGCGGUGCUUGCGGAAACCGUGGCCGAGUACGAAGACAGAGUGGAGCAGUCAGAGCUCGAGAUCUGCCGCCAGAGGAGGCUGCUCGAUGCGGUGAUGAAGCCCGAGGUCCGGCUACACAGAACAGACAUCCUGCAGCUGGUGGUGAGUAAAGAAGAGGUUCCCUCUGAGCAGCAGCAGUGGAGCUCCCCUGUGGACCAGGAGGACCCAGAGCCCCCCCACAUUAAAGAGGAACUGGAGGAAUCGUGGACCAAUCGGACGAGAGAGCCGCUUCAACACCCGGAGAAGGCUGAUAAGUUCACAUUUACUUCUGUCACUGUGAAGAAUGAAGAAGACGAAGAGAAACCUCAGUUGACACAGCUUCAUCAGAGUCAGACUGAGGAGAACAGAGCAGACUGUGGAGGCCCAGAACCAGCCAGGAACUCAGGCCCUGAUGGAAAUUUACAACCAGUUCCUGAGGACAAGACUGAAGACUCUUCUGAGACGGAAGAAUCUUCUGAAACUGAAGACAGUGAGGAGGAUUGGAUUCCAACCAGGGAACCUGGGCCUGGCUUAAAUAUAAGAAAUAACAAACAGCCUUUGAGUGAUAGGAAAGGUAAAACUGAUAAGAAACCCUUUAGCUGCUCUGAGUGUGCUAAAAGAUUUAGACACAAGAGCGCUCUUACUGAACAUAGUAGAACUCAUACAGGAGAGAAACCAUUUAGUUGCACCCAGUGUGAUAGAAGUUUUAGUCGUAAGGGCACUCUUACUAGACAUAGUAGAAUUCAUACAGGCGAGAAACCAUUUAGUUGCUCUCAGUGUAAUAAAAGAUUUAGUCAUAAGAGCAGUCUUACUGUACAUAUGACAAUUCAUACAGGAGAGAAACCAUUUAGUUGCACUCAGUGUGAUAAAGCAUUUAGCCAAAGUGGCCAUUUAACUAAUCACAUGAUGAGUCAUUCAACAGAGACACCCUUUAACUCAGUGGUUCUCAGACUUUUUCUGUGAUGCCCCACCUGCUCCCAAGCCCAAAAAAAAUUAUCACAAAAAUGGGCCAAUUUUAACAUGUGUAAGUGUUUUCAGUCUUGUCAAGAGACUUUUAUGACUUAUAUUUACAUACACCAAAUGUUUUAUGACUUGAGUUAUUUUAUGGUCGUAACUGUUUGACGUGAAUUCAGUGAGACCUUUUGCAACUUAAGCCAAUGUAUGCUACUCCGAGUCCGUUGCGGACUGACUGACGGGCGGACGGACCCUUUUAAAUUUAUAGUUCUACGAGCCUUUUUGUUGUGAAAACAAUUCACCGCCAGAACAGUAGAUGGCGCAACUGAAGUCGAGCUUAGAGAAGCCUACCUCAUGAGGUAUAUAGAAGAAGUCCACGCUGGUUUAUUUACGUCCUCCCGGCUCCUCACACAGUGAACGAUGACAACUAACAGAAAAAGGCUGUUGAUGACGCGACAGUUUUUGCUGAAUAAAGUGACACCCAGCGGGUCAUAAUGCUUGUGUUAUCGUGUCUUAACGCAGCGGUUCCCCGGUCUUGUUUCCACCUGCGUUGCUAAUUCAACAGCUGCAACAGCUUGAAGCUACACGGAGGCAGCUAGCAUCCCCCCAGCUUCCACACACAGUCAGCAGGGACACCCGAUACUAACUACUACCGUUAGUUAGUAUCGAUCUAAAGUGUUUGCUUUCUGUUUGAGAAACAGUGUCAUGAGCCGUGGGAUUAAAGUCAGCGGGUUUUUGCGCUGUUCCCACCGCAGUUAGCAUGGUGGUUUUCCGCUAGCCACGUUAUGAAAGCUCGUUAUAACAGUAUGUGACUGUACACACAUGCCGUAAGUGCUCUAACCAGCCACCGUUAGCAGGACAACGCCGCUGGCUUAACACACUUGUCACAUUAAUCAUAGAGUCGUAGUUGUGAUUUUGGUUUAUUGUGAUGUAGGGAAUGGAACAGGAAGUUUCCAUUCUGAAAUGCUGGCGUUAGCGGACCAAUCACAGCCAAGGGCUAUCCGUGGGCUCUCCGCCAUUUCGACGUGUAGUUAGAAAAAGGAGAGCUGCAUGAAAAGCUCUCCGAGGAGCCACGGAGAGGGCGUUCCACGUUGGAGAAGGCGGUCCUAUCUGUCCGUGUUCGUCAAAACGGAGAAGCAUACAUUGGCCUUUAAUAACAAAUCAACGGAAGGAGUGUAUGUCUUAUCACCUUAGGAAUCUCAUGUGAAUCAGCUGUUAUGUUUAGUUUCCCCUCCUUCCCCCACCUAUGGAACCUGUCUGGAAUGGAUCAGAGAGACAUCCCUUAGUCCUGCUAUUUAAGAUCUGUGCACUAGACUGUUCUCCAUCUUCACUCUGAGAUCCUUGUGGUUUCCCUGUGUUGAUCCUUUCUGCAGAAAUCCCCUUAUUAAAUACACAUAGAUAACUUUGAUGUUUCAAGCCUCUUGUAUCUCCAGAUUUCCAUCACAAUACACGUGAACAUUAAUUCCACAUUACUAUCAGGAUUCCCGAUGUGCAAAUAAAAAUCCCUUUUCAACUUA